AUGCAGAUAGUCUCCGUCGACGACUUCGCCCGCCAGUCUUUCGACUUCCUCGUCAUCGGAGGCGGAACCGCUGGCCUGGCCGUUGCAUCUCGUCUAGCCCAAGGCGGGCAAUUCACCGUUGGAGUCCUCGAAGCUGGAGGACCGGUAAAUGGCCGCGAAGACGUCGAUAUCCCCGGUUAUUACGGUAAGUCGUUGGGCAGUGACAUCGACUGGAAGUUCAAAUCAGCGCCGCAGGCUGCCCUGGGAGGGAAGACGAUCGGGUGGUCGCGAGGGAAAGCCCUUGGAGGAUCCAGCGCCAUCAACUUCCUGACCUGGUGUAGAGGCAGUAGAGAGGAUUACGAUGCCUGGGAGACGCUGGGUAACCCUGGAUGGGGUUGGAAUGACUUGCUACCCUAUUUCAAAAAGUCAGAGACGUUUCACGCACCUGACCCUGCCGUACAAGCUGAAGAGGACCUUCGAUAUGAUCCCGACUCCUUUGGCAGCUCGGGACCCAUCCACAUCUCGUAUCCUCCCCAAAUCUCGCCAACAAAUCGCCUCUGGUUCGACACGCUCAACUCAUUAGGCGUAAAGACAAACUCGGCUCAUGUUGCUGGAUCGAUUGCCGGGGUGUGGACAAACAUGCAAAAUAUCGACCCGCGGACAAUGACCCGAUCCUUUGCCACCAACUACUGCGCCCUUGCUGGGUCCAACCUUCACAUAUUGACCGAGGCCACAGUUCAAGAGAUUGUUCUCGACAAGACCAGUGAUGGAUAUGUGGCUUCUGGAGUUCGAUUCACACACAAGGACCAAGAGUACGUCGUCUCAGCAUCAAAGGAAGUCAUCCUGUCUGCUGGAACCGUCAAGUCCCCACAGAUCCUAGAGCUUUCGGGUAUUGGCAAUCCUGAGGUUCUGUCUCGCGCCGGCAUUGCUGUCAAAGUCGACAGCCCCAUGGUCGGAGAGAACGUGCAGGAGCACAAGGCAAUCCACGCCAUCGUGGAAGUCGAUCCAGGUCUUGAGAAUAACGAUGAUCUCUUCUUGGACGAAGAUUACGCAGCUGCAGCUCGUGAACAGUUUGCCCGGCACAGAACCGGCCGCCUUGCCGGCGUCUUUGCCUCUUACGCCUUUGUGCCUCUUGCCAGAUACGUCCCAGAAGAGACUAUGGGCAAGUUGCAUUCCGGAGCCCAGGCGUUGCCCGGACUCCCUGCAGAAAAGAAAGCCAUCCUGGAAGAGCGCCUCGAGAAGCGUGGCCAGGUAGAGUACAUCUUCAAGCUCGGCGCUGCGCCCAUCGCAGAGAGUGGAAAGAAGUUCGCCACGCUGUACCAGAUUCUGCAGUAUCCGUUCUCUGUCGGGUCGAUCCACGUUCAACCAGCGCCCUCUCAGAGGGAGGAUCCAGUCAUCGAACCUGGAUAUUAUCAGGGUCCCGCCGGAGAGCUUGACCGGGAGAUCAUGCUAGAAUCAACCCGCUUUGGUCGUGACAUCCUCCUUGCGCCUUUUCUUAGCGACGUUGUGAAGCAGCUGGUUCACCCCCCUGCCAGCUCUUAUACAGACGAUGACGCUAUGAGGAAAUGGAUCAUGGACAACACCGUAAUGGCAAUGCAUGCGGUUGGCACAUGCGCCUUGGGCGGCCGAGCAGGAAUCCGAGGGGGGGUCGUGGAUGAAAGGCUCAAGGUUUACGGCGUCGAGGGCCUGCGAGUUGUGGAUGCGAGCAUCAUGCCGCUGCAAAUAGGUGCGCAUAUACAGGCGACUGUGUAUGCCAUUGCGGAAAAGGCGGCAGAUAUGAUUCUUGAAGAUACAGCCAGGCAGUAA